GGGAUGCAUGACAACACCAAGCAGUCAAAAAGAAGUAUACGGUGGAUAGACAUGAAGUCCGCGUCCCAUUCUGCCGUAUGGGAAGACGGUGGUACGCCAACUCCACCACCCUCUCUCGGGCUUGUUAUGGCGGCCAUCAUAAUGCCAUGUCAAAAUGCUGUGUGUGGGGAAUCUAUUUACGAUCCCAUCAUAUCCCACAGAGAAUACUGGGUUUCUUUACGAAGGCUUUGCCUCCUGCCAUGUAUUCGGGUCCAUAGUUGUAGAGAGAGGGUCACACUCGUGGGACAGGCAGCCUUAAAGGACGGAGUGGAAUCCUGAGUUCAUCUAUAUAAGGAUCAUUGGAUGGCAACCUCCCAUUACCUUUUAUCUCCCAUUUCAAAUAGCAACACAAGAAUCCCUCCUCUCUCCUCUUCCCUUCCUCCCUUUCUGAGAAGUAGUAGUAGUAGGAGUCUUUAUCUUCUCUUCCCCCUCCUCCCCCUGCAAAUCGAAGGUCCCAUAGGAGGCCGGUGCUUUUGUAGAUCCUGCCGGGGAUGGGUUUGGAUCAUUGGACUCUCGAAGCGGUCACCAUGGAUGCUGGCUUUCCUUCCGUCUGGGGUUUUCAUGAGAGCAUGGAGGAAUUGAAGCACAAGCUUCUGUGCACCACCUCGGAGCUGGAAGCGCUGCGGGCCAACGCCAAGGAGGAGAUACGGAAGAGGGCGGAGAACAUCGAUCAGUUGAUCCGCCUCCUCCAAGUGAUCGCCCACGAGAGAGAUGUGGCCAGGGAUCAACUUCAGCUUCUGCUCAGCAAGAUCUCGCAGCCUAACACGGGGGAGUACUCCCCCACCCAGACUCGAGGGAGCUGCAGCGUGACCGAGUCCGACAGCCUCUCGGCGACUCCCAACCAUCAUUCCUACGGCCGCGGCGGCGCAUCUCCUGGUUCCCCUGAACUGCCGAGCAUCAACAUGGGCGUCCCGCAGCAGCAAAAGUACGACCGGGCUUCCGCCAUAAUCGACGGCCUUGCGAUGAAGAGACCGCUCCCGCGGAAGGGGAAGCUGCUGCAAGCUGUACUGGAAGCAGGCCCUCUGCUGCAGACGGUUCUCCUCGCAGGGCCGCUCCCCCAGUGGCGCAAUCCUCCGCCGCUGCAACAAUUUCAAGUUCCCCCGGUGGCUGCUGUCAGACUUCACAACGCGUCGCUGUUCGACGAAAAGAUCGUACCCGAUCAGAUCAACUCUGCGGUGCUGAACAUAUCAGGUGGCACAGGCUCGUUCACGACGAAGAGGACGAUGGCCUCCCCAUGCAUGGGAAGCUACGACACCUGGAAUGUGAAGAGGCAAAAGACUCAAUGUACGUGAAGGAGAUGAUGACAAUGGCUUUCCAAGUAGCUUAGAUCCAGUUCUGGUUAGGAGGCACUAGUCUUCAGCUUAUUAUAUAUACAUAUAUAUAUAAUGUUUAUGAUGUAAAUGGCAGGAGUUGGUUUCUUCAUGUCGUCGACCGUGCUUUCUGGCUUACCGAUGCUAUAAAGUUUUCUCGUAAAGUGGAAAUUUCAAUUUA